CCUCCUCACACUUCUCAGUCCUCAAAACCCUAAUCCUAGCAAGGAAAUGUUCAGUCACAUACACCUCCAUGUCCAAUCAAUAUCAAAAAGUCAAAAUCCUAGUCCUUGAUCAAACCAUGUACAAUGCAAACCUCAACUCCAUUCGAAUCGAAGCCCUAGACGAAGACCACGAAAUUCUCACAAUUUCCACACCAUGUCGGACCUUGACGACAUCGAUCUCGAUCCCGAAGACUUCAACUCCUCAUUCCCCUUGAAAAAGGUCCCAUACGGCGACGUCUUUGAGGCCUCCCGAGCCGGCGACGUCGACCGCCUGAAAUACCUACUAGAAUCCGGAGUCAAUGUCAACGCGCGAGACCAAUGGGACUCGGUGGCUCUAUACUAUGCAUGCCUCGCGGGCCACCUCGAUGCCGCCAGGAUGUUAUUGGCGUCCGGAGCCAUUUGCUCGGAGCAUACUUUUGAUGGUGAUCGGUGCCACUAUGCGGCACUGAAUUUGAAGGUGAGAAAAUUGUUGAAAGCUUUCGAGGCGAGACCGCCACCGUUGGGACCGUUGCCGAGUGCGUUGAGAGAGACUUUCAAGGGAUGCUGGGCGAACUGGAAUUAUCUCGAACAGUUGGAUGGCCAAUCACAAAUUCCAGGGAAUUCAUCCAAUGGAGGAUCCAGUCCAAGCCAUUUCCCUCCAGAUGUCGUAUUUUAUGUGCAAGGAAGACCUGUUGAAGCUCACAGAGUAAUCCUGAGUGCUCGGUCACCCUUCUUUAAGAAAAAAUUUCAGACUGACUGGAAGAAUCGUAAAGAAAUAAGGUUCUCUAAAGAGAAGUUGUCCUGUCCUGCUCUUUACAGCAUUAUCCAUUUCUUUUAUUCUGACAGGCUAGAGAUUGCAGUAGAUGACAUGAAAGACCUUGUCAGAAUUUGCAAAGUUUGCAAGUGCGAAUCAUUACAACGGGUUCUACAGAAAGAAUUGGUUCAUCAAAAGUAUGCAGAGUACAAAGCACUCAGAGAUGUAGACAACUCUCAGAAACGGUUUAUCUUGCAGGGCCUUUCCCUUCCUGAGGAAGACCGGCUUCCGGCUGCCUUGCAUCGCACCCUCCAAAGAUCUCUUGCCAUUUCAUCAAGACACCAGAAUCGAGAUGAUUGUGUUGACAGUCUUGUAUCUCGUGUGGCUUUAGUGCAGCUGAGUGAAUUUGACGAUGAUCUUGCAGAUGUGUGUGUAAGAGUUGAUAAAAAGAUUUUUCGCUGCCAUCAGGUCGUCUUAGCAUCAAGAUCAGAAUAUUUUAAAGCAAGAUUAUCCCGCAUAAAGGAUUUUCUUGAAGGAAAAGACGGUUUACCAGAUUACAGCCUUCCAUGUCUUGAGGAACAUGAUCUAAGCAUGGAGGCUUUUGAGAAGAUGAUUGAGUAUAUGUAUACUGAUGGUUUGGAGGAUAUAGAUCCAGAUCAGGCUGAAGAAAUGUUUGAUGCUGCUUCGAGAUAUUUAUUAUUUCCUCUGAAGCGUGCUGUUGCUGAUGCACUGUUGCCACACCUGGAAAUGGUUCCUCCUGCCGAGUUGUGCCAUUGGCUGAUAUUAUCAGACAUGUAUGGUGUUGUGAAGAUUCGUGAGUAUUGUCUGGAUGUAAUGGCUUGUAAUUUUGAGAUAUUUGCUGAUACUCCCGAGUUCCGGGCAAUGCUUUUGACUCUUCCGCCACCAUCAGGAGAUUCUUCAUUUCGAACCACAGUUCCAAGUGCUCCUGGAGCUGAGGUCAAUACUGAGGGUAAUCUUCUUGAUGAUUUGCGUGAGAAAUGGCUCGAGGCUGAAGCUGCUGAACUUGACAAGAGAGAUGAGAGUGCAUUGCUUUUUGACAAACGCCUCGAGAUGCUUAUGCUGGUGGCGGAAAAAGAGAAAUCUGGUGCUCCAGCUGGUGAUAAUUUUGAGGGCACUGCAGGAACCGACUCUUCCCAAUCCUCCAUUCUCAUGACAGAAUGAAACAAAAGAUAAAAAAAAUUGUAAAUCUUACUCAAAUUUUUCCUAUACAUACCAAUAGCUACUCGACUGUUUUAGUGUUGCAAAUUAACAGGCAAAUUGAAUCUUUGUCGUUUGACAAGCUGUGGUUCGAUUGUUGUAAACAUCUAUUGCUUUGAGAAUGUUUGAAAAAUUACAUAUUCUGUCAAUCUCCG